UCCGACACGCUCAGUGCCGCCUCCGUCAUCGGAUCGGUCCGGUUCGUGUUUUCGCGCUCUUGUCGCAAUUGUUUCGACUUAUUAUAUUUAAAAGAAAUAUCCAGGCUCGAGCAAUCCUGCGCUUCUUCACACACACACACACGAAUCAACAAUUCGGACGUCAAUAAUUAAUACUAAAACAUGGAUAGGAAAGAGACGCAACAGUUGCUGACUGCGCGAAGUGCAUUGUCGGUUGAUGUAAAAAUGAGCCGGCUGUCUUGGACAACGGACGCGUGUUUAACGACGUUUUAAUCCGAGACGGGAGCGGUCGAAAAAAGAAAAGGGAGAGAUUUUGCCGGCAGCCACCUGUGUGACUACUACUCCAGGGCUUGGAAGAGCUCAUAGAUUUCCGAUAGCAGAAGGAGAAAAAGAGAGAGCGAAAGAAAACAGAGUAGCCGACUGUUGCGGGAUAAAUUGUGCAGAAGCGUGGACUUUUUAACUUCGCGUCGCGGGCCGUACGAUUUCCCGUGAGGUAGAGACGGAUCUCGUGAGAGCGCGAGAGUGGAAUAGGAGCGAAUAAGCGAAGGAGCCGAGGAAGCGAGCGGCGACAUCGUCGAGCAGAAAAAAGAAAACGCGAUCGACGCUUCGAUCGAUACAUCCCGAGGAGGAGCUCAUCAUCGUUCUCGGAGUUCUCGUCUUGGAUACGGCCGCCACGCCGGCGGAAAGCGAACGAGAUCCAAGAACGACCUACUCCCCGAAGAGUAAUUGCCUUUCUAGGGGGGUGGCAUUCCCGCGGUCGUACUCGAAGUCACCACGGCGCAACCGAACGAGAAACAUGGCCGAUCUCGAGAGGAUCAGGCUGGUGGUGCUCGGUGGCGCCGGGGUUGGCAAGAGCGCGAUCAUACGCCGUUUGCUUGGCCAGGGCUUCAGCGAGCGAUACCGGCCCACCGUGGAGGAUCUGUACUCGCGGGAGUGUGUUCUCGGCACGUUGACGUUCAAGGUCGAUCUUUUGGAUACUGCGGGUGAUCUGCAGUUUCCCGCGAUGAGACGGCUUAGCAUAGCCACCGCCCACGCAUUUCUGCUUGUGUACGCGACAACGUCGUUACCGAGCUUCGAGUGUGUGAAACGUUGCUUCGAAGAAGUGAGAGAACAACGACCAGACUUUCAGGAGGUACCGAUAGUCGUCGCCGGAAACAAGCUCGAUCUGGCGCCAGUACGGAGGGAAGUGCCUAUCGAGGACGUGAGCGAGUGGCUGUUUUGCGAACUGCCCAAGUUAAGGGCGAAAGUGAUGGAGUGCUCGGCGAAGGACGAUUACAACAUCAAGGACAUCUUCAGGUGUUUUGUCACGCUCUCAAAAAUUGUGCCGAAAAAUCCAACGGGCGAGGGUGAGGAAUCCGGUCUCAGAAGAAGAUGUUCGGCGUACGGAUCGCGCAGGUCCGGCAGUCCAAGCGGCAGAACCGCCAGCGCGGGUUCCGGUGCAAAUUCUCAGCAAGUGGUCGCGGCGCAAGGCUCGACCGUCGUUACUGUCGUCGAGGAGGUGAAGAGCAAGCCUCGCAGCCGCAGUCUGAUCAGACGCGCUUCGAGAAAAACGAAGCAACAGAUCAGAGACGCCCAUGCCGACGACUGCAACAUCUCCUAAACCGGCUAUCCCCCGACGAGGAGUACGUACAAAAACAUAAAGUCUCGUCGCAAUCAGGAAUCGGGGCCAAUUUUCGCGAGUAAACCGUCGCGACAAUGGAAUUGUUUGCUUGCGAGUUGCCGAUUUAUAUCCGCGACGAGUAUAAUUUCUUCACGGAUGACGCGGAUCAAUUACUAAUCUGUUUGCCGCUUGUUUCCGUGCUGAUCUACGGGAUUUCGAAAGUGAGCAAGUGCGCAGUAAAAGCUGAUAAAACGCGAUUAACUCUCUCUAGAAAAACAUCUAGCUUGAAAGUCGAGGAAGUAAAGAAGUCGUCGAAGGUUCGUAUAUCAGAAAAGAUGUGUAUAUCGAUAAGCGAAAUUAAAUUCUCUCAGAUCGCGUACUUAAAAAAAAACAAUUUUACUCUUAGCGUGUUGAAUGGUAAAUAUCGUUAAAAUUAUUACCAAAUUGUUUUCAGAUAAAACGUUACGACGUGUGUUGUUCUUUUUUUAUUCUCCACAGUACAAAAAAAAAAGUCGCAUAUAACGUGAUGUUCAAAAGAUUAUUAUUUUGUUGAGAAAACAGAACGCGCGAAUUUUGAAAAGAAAAGAGAGCUUUUGAUGUACACCUUCUCUCUUCGGACCAUUUUGUACAUAUACGAUAACACAGUGUGAAUGUGAGAUUGAUUGUGAUUGUUUUCAACGAACGAAUGAGAUCCUGCAUUUUUUUAGUGCAAAUGUUCAAUUACUUCGCAAAGCUACGCGCACUAUUAGGAUAUUUUAUGUGUUUAAUGAUUUGUGAUAUAUUUGUUUUGCGAUUAUUUUGCAGUGUCUUUCAGCAUUUGAAUUUGCGCGAAUGUAAAAACGUAUAGUCUCUUUUGUUACUCAAGACAAAAAACAAAUCAGAAUAUUAUUUUCUCAAUUUUCGACACACCCGUUUCGAAGGUGUGUAAGAAACAAUUCGCGAGAGUGUUCUCGCAACAUUUUUUAACAUUAUUCUGACGGAAAAUUGCAUUCAGUAAUUCUCGCUUUAAAUUAAACACGAUGUUUUGCAGCACGCGCUGCAUUUAAACACGCACGCUUUACUGCCAAUUAAAAUGUUCUGGUAAUCAGAGACACGUUUUUCAAUUUUUCAUCUCACAUACAAACGAAUUCACAUAAAAAAUGUACUUACUUUGCUGGUGUCAAAAGAAGAAUUUCCGAUGCGCGAGCGUUAGUCGUCGCGUAAAAAGAAAUAUAAUAUUUGCAAAUUACGAGAUGCAUAAUCGUCAGAACAGUUUCUCUUGCUACUUCCCAGUAGUAACUUUGGUAUAUCAGAUACGUACUUUUCUCUCUCACUCUUUUUCUCUCUCUCUCUCUCUAUAUAUAUAUAUAUAUAUAUAUACAUAUUCAACACUUAUUAAAUAAUAACGAGCUACUGCACAUAUUCGCGCAAUCUUCACAAGUUUCAUCUCGUCGAGAAAUACUACAUUUAACUGUAAAAUUUCGAAUUUUGUGUAUAAUGAGAAAUAUUUUAAUUCGAAGAAAAUUCUCGAGUUUAUAACGCAUUUUUCUUCACAAAGUUUUGAAAUUGAAUUUUAACACUUAAAUGCACUGUUUUUUUUUGACAUAUUAAUAUUUUAAAGAAGAAAA